AUGUUUUAUUGUCCAUUUGAACUUACGGGAACUACCGGAUCUAUCCUUAUUGGAAAUCCAGAUUUACCUAGCAUUCUGACCAUUGCAUACAAGGAAAUACAUGCAAUCUAUACCAGUACUACACUGCAGCACAACACAGCAACUCCAAUUUUGAAAGACAAUCUUCAAAUGCAGCUCAAAUCAUUUCUUGUCACAAUUCGGCUAAAUGUAGAUUACAAAGAAGCAACUCUCAAUUACGCAUCUCAUACUGGCAUCUCCAUGUCCCAUCCUUACCAAUGGGAAGGCUUACAGCGGUUUCGAGAAGCCAACGAUACCCAUAGCGCUUCCAAAUUAGAGUAUGCUCAGUCAUCUCAGAUUGUAGACAGCAGUCUUGUAAAUUUAAAGUAUUAUACAAAACAAAUUGGUGGACUGGUUCGUUCACGCGAAUGUGACUUGGAUUUCUUGAACGCUAAAAUUGUAUAUGGUCCUUGGGCACAACGCCAACGUCAUAUCAUACAGUCAUUUUACUCUCCCCCAUCAUAUCGAGAUGCUCCCUUAGUGCAGCCUAAAAGCGCGCUGGAAUCCAAAGUACUUUCAAUCAAUCUGGAUUUUCGUGGCAAUUCUACUCUCAAAAUUCCAACCCGUGAGCCAUCAAAGGAUGCCGAGUUUUUACGGACUGAAAAUCCUGAUUUGGUAUUUGAAAGUGGUGUUGGUAAUCCUGGGAAACGCCCAUAUGGUUGGAUUACUGCCGAGUUUAAAUCUGGAUCGGCUUUGUCACUUAAUAUUCCACUGUUUGCUGAAACAAAUGGGAGUAUAACUAAAUUUGAUCUACUGUUAUCCAAUGUAACACUAAAGACAAGUGUCAACUUCAAACCGUUUAUUGUCGGCAAGCAGAUUCUGAUUGAGGUAGCGAUCUGUUCUCCUUUGAGUUGGAAUGGAUUGCGUGAAUGGGAUAUCAGCUUGAAAUGGACAGACUGUGAUGUGUACCUUCUCCGUGAGCACAUUGGAUUGGUCACGGACAUGAUCAAAGACUUGAACUCUUUGCCUCCGCCUUCAAUUGAAUAUCAUGUACCGUCAGUUUACACCUUGAACUUUAAGUUUCAAAAUCUCAAAAUUCUAUUUUGUUUAAAUCCUAUGAAUAUCAUCAAGAACCACAACAGUAUAGAUUCUAACGACUAUCUUACUCUCACAACACAUCAUGGAGCAUUGAAAGUCAAUCUUUCAUUUGAAGAGUUUGAGCCUGAUUUCAGAAAAGUAGAUAUAUCGGGAGACCUGCAUAAUGUUGCGUUUGUCGCGUCAUUCUCCGAGGGCCAUAAACUCAAGCUAUUUUUAAAGAGUCCAUUUAAUACAGUACUAUCUUCGUCACUACUUAACAUCACUGCAUCUUAUAUAUAUCGAAAACUUGCUGCUGGUGCUCGUGAUGCACUUACUUUGUUGAUCGAGUCAAAAGAGUCCAACGUGAAUGCACAUGGGCACAUUCUUCCCACAGUCAUGUCCUUUUUGCGCAAUUAUUUUGGUGAUGCAGCGCGCUCUUCAACCCCAGAAUCAUAUUCUCUUGCCAAACUCUUGCAGCCACAAACGCUUCCCCCGAGAAAUGCAUUUGAGUUGCAUUUUCAAUGGCGGUUUAAUGGUGUUAGCUUGUUAUUACCAUGCUCCAUAUAUGGCGCCUCUGAUUCAAUUGCAAUCAAAGGAAAUUAUAUUCAUUUAGAUUUGCAUAACAAGGUAGACGGACAGGAUAUUCAUGUGACACUGUCGCCAUUAACUAUGUUUUGGAAAAAAACUUCCAUCAUGAUUCGAGGUUUGCUUUAA